ACAAAUUCCCCUCGCCACCCCACCGGUCGCAAACCCAAGCUUAAACCACAACGCAAACAACCACCAAAGCAAUCGAAAAGCAACCCUGCAAGUGCAGGCAAAGAGAGGGCGCGACCAAACAGAUCCAAUCCAAUGGCGAUGGCACCGUCCGCAGCAUGCGUCGUCUCGUUCCCCGCCCGCCCGGCGGCGUCCACGGCCGGGCCCCGCGCCGCCGCGGGCGCCGGGGCGGUCCACGCUUUCGCGGGGUCGGCGGAGGGCGCCAAGUGGUGGGCGCCGCUGCUGGGGUGGUCGGGGAAGGCCGACUACCUGGAGGCCCCGGCCCCGGCGCCGGCGGGGGCGCAGGACGAGGCGCCGCGGAGGCAGUUCGUGGGGGUGAUGACGGAGGAGAAGGCCCGGGAGCUGCGGGCGCGGAUGGCGCAGACGGAGUCCUUCCACGACGCCAUGUACCACUCCGCCAUCGCGUCGCGCCUCGCACGCUCCUCCUAGGGUUGGUGCGCGCGCGGCCAGCUCGCCGGUGGGUUGCGCCGCCGCCGUAGCCCGGUCUCUGUCUGGCCGUCUCUGUGUACAUAUGGUAGAUUUGUCAGUAGCUGGCUAGCUGCUCCCGCUGUUGGUGAAGGAGGGGGGAACGAAAGAGCAAGGAGAUCUGGAUUUUUUUUUUUAGCGUGUGCUCCUUGCUUGUUCCAUCUCCCUCCGCCGCGUUGGUUGCUCUUGCUCCCCGGCAGGAUCACUCUUCUUUUUUCCGGUUGUGAUUCGACAUUUCCGGUGUGAACUGGCAUUAUGCUCCGCACCAAGAACCUGUAACCCAUUGUUGUAGUCUCAAUUUGCUUUCCUCAGUUGCCCGUGUCCAUU